AUGACAUCAUCUAGUGAUAAUGAUGAUAGUACAUCAACAGAUUCUGAUGAUGAAUCAGUUUUCUAUGAUGCAAAUAGUACUCCAACAACUCAUGAGAUACUCACAUCUUUUCAACAAGAACCUCGAUGGCGAAUUCCAUCCAAACAAGAUACAUCGACAUUGCCACCUGAACAUUUCUGUGCCAUAUCAUUAACUGAAAACCAAUUACAUGAUAUUCAACGACGUGAUAAACUUCAACGCCUUCGCGGGGUUGAUACUCGACACAAUUCAAGCAUUACUGUGAAGUCAGCAACUGAUUCGUCUUCGAUUUUAUCCUCAACGUCAGUUACAACAGAACACGACGCCAAUAAUGAAGAUGCAUCAUCAUUAUCAUCAUCAUCAACAGUCGAUCCUUCAGUCAAUUACACUGAUAAUGAACCUAACCGCAUCAACAGCAAGAAUUCGACGUCUUCCAUAUCGAAAACAACAGCAAUCAAUUCUUCUGUCAAGUCUGGUGCAGCUAAUUGGACAUCUUAUCCCAUCAGAAUCGCCGCUUCAGCUCGUGGUACAGGUGGAUAUUAUUCAAGUAAAAGGCCUCUAUCGACAACAAGCGAACCUAAUCUAGUCGAUCUGAAUACCAUCGAUCGUAUCACCAGAUACGGAGAAUUACAUCCUAAUGGUCGAAAGUUAAAUGACGAGGAGAUUCUUCAACAACCGAUAGUACGUAAUCUUGACGAUGGUCGAUACAUUCCAUUGAAUGCCACGAAUCCAAUGGAUCUUACUAUUAUGGAGCGUAUUCGCGAAACUGAAAGUAUGGUUGCGUUGCGUCGUAACUCACUGAUAAAUUCUGCGAAUAAUUCAAGAAAAAAGUCAACUGUUAGUCUUCCAGAUAAAACUCAUGAUGACCUUUCGAUGUCAUCCGAAUCGUCCAGUCAGACAGUGGCUCGAUCAAUUCUUGAGCGUCAAUCAUCAGGAUCGUCUUUUAGGCGUACGACAUCUUUUCGUAAACAGUUAACUAAUCUAGUGGUGCGAAACAUUUUACGCAAGAGACAGAGUAAAAUCGGGAAUCACGAUGAUGACGAGGAUGAUACCGAACGCGCGUUGAUUAAUGAUGGUUCAAACGGAGAUUUGAAGUACAAAGCAUCGCGCUAUCUAAAAGAACAGACACAAUUUGAUAAAACACAGCUACUUCAAACCAUCGUCAAUGCCCACGAUGGACCGAUAUGGUGUAUGAGAUUCUCUCCCGAUGGUAAUCUUCUCGCCACAUGUGGACAAGAUACACUAUUAAAAGUUUGGAUACUAAAACUAGCUCAACCACAUUUUAGUGAGUUUUCUCAAUUAACAUCGAAUGCGUCUCAGCAACAGAAUGAGAUCUUAACUAAUCGACUCCACGAGUUUCAUCGAACGAUCUCAAUCGACACGGUGACAUCUACAAUAAAUACGAAACUUGGUUUGAAUGAAUUACAAGCACCACUCUAUACGAAACCAUUUUGUGAAUUUAGUGGUCAUCAAGCACCCGUUCUUGAUGUUGCCUGGUCAAAAUCUUUAUUUCUUCUCUCGUCUUCCAUGGAUAAGACUGUUCGUCUAUGGCAUUUAAGUCGAUCGGAAUGUUUAUGUUACUUUCGACAUGUAGAUUUUGUUUCGGCCAUUGCAUUUCACCCACGUGACGAUCGAUUUUUCGUCUCGGCGAGUCUAGAUGGACAUGUGCGUUUAUGGAAUAUUCCUGAUAAACGUGUUGUUUAUUGGUCUUUAAUUCCUGCUCAAGCUUCAUCACAAAUUCCGGCUGCUCAUGCAAACUUAAUUACAGCGGUUAACUUUUGUGACGAUGGUCGUAAAGUAACAGUUGGUACAUUCGAUGGCCGGUUUUUAGUCUAUAAUGAUUCCUUACAAUAUGAUACGGUAAUGAAUAUCGGGGAUAAGGAUGGUAGUCGAAGUCAUCGAUCGAGAAAAAAACGAAAGAAACCGUACAAGAUCACUGGGAUCGAAUCAAUGAGUUCUGAUAAUGCCAAGGUAUUGAUCACUUCGAAUGAUUCCCGUAUUCGUUUGUAUAAUAUUCGCUCGAAAGAAAUUGAACGUAAAUAUCGUGGUUAUUCCAAUCAAUCCAGUCAAAUACGAGCAUCCUUCAGUCAUGAUGAUCAAUACAUCAUUAGUGGAAGUGAAGAUAGUUGGUUUUAUAUCUGGAGAACGGAACCGAAUACGAAUGAUAAUAAUACGCCCAUCAAUUCGAGAUUAACACGAAGACAACGACGAUAUUUCCAUCGUGCUUACGAACGUAUUCGAGUUCAUAAUACAAUGGUUACCUCUGCUAUUUUUGCACCGAAUCCUACAGCAAUCAUGAAUUAUGUAUAUUCUCCCAAUGAAUCGUCGCCUUCUCUAUUUCGAUCAACGCCUGCAGCGCAAAGUCCAACUAAUCUUUCGAAUAAUCGUGCUCGAUUGAACUGUCUUCUACAACGUCAUCCAUCCGAUUUCGUUGCCUUGCACUGUCAAGAAGUUGGAGGCAAAGAUUAUGAAAAACAUAUGCAUAUGCUAGAUCAAUUCUUGACAGCUCUACUACAAAUACCCGAGCUAUCAUCGGAAUACACUCGACAUCGCCUAUACUUUGAUUCGGAAUACUCAUCGCAGGAAACAUUCACAGCUCUUGGUAGUGCAUAUUUUAUUCGUCAAAAUCUCUCUGUGCAACAAUGGAAUUUCUCAAACUCAACGUUUCAUCCUGUUGUUAAUUGUCAGAUUUUUGCUGGUAAUGUGCGUAAUGCUCAAACAUUACGCAAAGAAAAAUAUCCUCGAGAAUUCUUUCCUGAAGCGAAAUGGUCGAGGAAGGGCUUCACUCAAACUCGUUGGCUAAUCAAUGGCUUCACAUUCGACUUGCUUAAUGUACACCUAUUCCAUGACGCAUCUAAUCUUUUAGCAGCUGAACAUAGUCCAUCGAUAUAUAGUAAAUGUCGUCGCAAUGCUCUUGAAUAUACUUUACAAAACUUAUCAGUCGAUCCAGAUGGUAAACGUGUCCCCUAUGUUAUAUUUGGUGAUUUUAAUUUCCGACUCGAUGCCCAUCGUUUAGUAGAGCACAUUGCAGACAAACGAAACGAUUUAAUUGAUAAAAUCAAAGGCAAGAAUAGCGAUGAAAUUGCCAAGAUUAUUAUUCGAAAUGAAGAUAAUAAGCCACGAUUGACAAUCGAGAAGAAAGAAUUCAAUCUACACGAAAAUCACGAUUCAUUCUUCAAUACAAAUACAAAAGAGGCGCAUAAGUUUGAUUUUGAAUCCUCGUCAUUCAAUGAUUAUUUGUAUGAAUAUGAAAAGACUUUUCCACCGAGUUAUCCAUAUAGUGAAGAACAUCAUGAAGCCCGGUCAUAUUUACGUGCUCGUUGUCCAGCAUGGUGUGAUCGUAUACUUCUUAGUCAUUCAUUUAAGAACUUCGUUGAUACAAAAGCGAAAAUGCCAUCCUAUGAUAUAAUUGGAUAUGAUGCAUGUGUGGGCGAUCAUAAGCCGGUUUAUUUAUCUCUAACUGUUGGUUUGGUACAAGUCGCAUUGCGAGGUUGCAGUCCCGCCCAUCACUUCUUCUCUAGUUUCAUUUUAAUGGGUGUACGCUUUCAUAUCAUAAAUCAAUCGAGACACGAAAUGCCGAGCAUCGUCAUCGUCUACUGUCUUUUUCUAGGUAAUUAUGAUGAUAUUCGACGAUGGAAUGGUGCACCGACUUAUUCAAAUUUACUACCUGAAACAUAUUCGUCCGAGAGGACAAAGACUAGAUCUGAAGAAAUCGAUUACAAUUCAAAAAAUCUCCCGUCAUCACCAGCAAGCGAGAAGAAUGAUGAACAUCGAACUGUACAUGCUCAUCAUUUAUUCUUUGCUAAUAUAAAACAUACAUUUAUUCGAUUUCUUCGCGAGACGCCGGUGUAA